CGGCGCGGCUGCGCUGCCGUGUGUUGCCGGUAGAUCCCAAGGUGCUGCCCGACCCGACCCGACCAGUGGAAGAGUCGCACGGGCUGGUGAGGAUGUGGCUGGUGGUCGUGGCUUUUGUCUUUCUCGUGGUGCCGUCCGAGGCGCUGAAAGAGGGUGAAUGUGAAGUGUGUGUGACAUUCUUGGAUCGCUUUUACAAAUCACUAGUUGAGCAAAAUGAAAAGCUCAUUCCUGAUGUGAUAGAGGAACAUCUUAUCAAGGCGUGCAAAGAUGUCAAGGGCAAAGAAAACAGAUUUUGCUAUUACCUUGGAGCAACAAUUGAUGCGGCCACCAGAAUGGUUAGAGAAGUUUCCAAACCAAUGAGCAAUCACGUGCCAAUCAACAAAAUAUGUGAAAAACUGAAAAAGCUAGACCCUCAAAUUUGUGAUCUGAAAUAUGACAAGCAGGUAGAUCUGAGCACUGUGGAUUUGAAGAAACUACGGGUCAAGGAACUGAAGAAAAUCCUGGACGAGUGGGGCGAGUCUUGUAAAGGCUGUGCAGAAAAAUCGGACUUCAUCCAGAAGAUCACUGACCUGAUGCCGAAGUAUGCUCCUCAUGCUGCCAAAUCACGGAGCGAACUCUAGUGAAGUCAUCGCCACCAUCUCAUAAUUGUAUAUUUUCAUUGGUUUUUCACUUUUUUGUAUUUAUUAAUAAAAAAGGAACUUUAAUGCCA